AUGUCAAGCACGGACGACACCAAGGGUAAUAAGAAGCGGAGAUCACCCAACUCAGGCCCGGACUCCCCCAGGCCGUACAUAUGCCCCAUCUGUUCGAGGGCUUUCCACCGGUUGGAGCACCAGACCAGGCAUAUUCGGACGCACACGGGUGAGAAGCCUCACGCGUGCGACUUCCCGGGGUGCACCAAGAAAUUCAGCAGGAGCGAUGAACUGACACGGCACAAAAGAAUACACACCAACCCCCACCCCAAGGGGAAGCGCGGCCGCAAGAAGAAGACCGAAACUCAAAGCUCCGGUGCGGACACCGCGGUCCAGCAGGGCAACCUGCCCAGAGAGAGAGCUACGCGCCCCGCACCCACGUUCCAGCUGGGCGGUGAGGACGACGACGCUUCGGAUGUUAACAACCCAGCCAGUUCCCCGGAAGACCAGAGUAUGGGUAUUUUGGCGAACGCUGCCCUGAAGUUUCAAGCACGCAGCACGGACACGCCGCUACAUAGCGUGCGCUCUCUGCCGUCACUCAAGACGCUCGAGGCGAACGGGAUGAGGGUAGCGAGCCCCCCAGGGUUGGCUGGCGCUGCUCUGCCGCCGCACAACAGCUCCACGGGCAACUUGCAGUCAGUAGGGAGCCUUCUGCCCGCGCGGUCAACACCAUCGCGGCUCAAGCUCAACGUACUUUCUUCCCUACAAAGAAUGACGCCUCUCGCGCCUGUACAGGCCGGGAAUCCCGGCACAGCGCAAUAUAGCUCACAGACAGCGAGCGCCUCGAACUCAGGGACCACAACUCCGUACCAGAGCCCAGAGCACCCAGAGUACCUGGGGAGCUGCCCUCCGCGCCACAAGACCUACUCAUCGUCUGCGUCGCUUACGAGCAUCUCUAACCUUAUUACAACAGAUGAUGAGGACCGCGAGUUCGACGAGGAGGAGAUGGGUCGUGCUCGUAAAAAAUCAAGAACAACUACGCCUACGAUCAGCAGAAGUCAUAGUCAAACCAACCUCUCGAGCAGAACAGGUACGUUCACCAACCUAGCGAGCCUGAACGGCGUAGGACAGCCGCCGGGUAUUACAGGAAUCCUGUCGUCCAGGCCGUCAUCCUCGGACUUCAGCAGCGAGCUCAACCAGCGGCUCCAGAGUGUCCAACGGUCACGCUCUUCUCAGUUCCUGGAUAGGUAUGCGUCUACGCCGUCCGUGGCCCUCUCGGGUGCGCCUUCAGCCAAGUUCACUCCGCUGGGCACCCCUCCACAACUGGCCAGUCCGCCGAACGCGAGAGCGGUACCGACGGACCUUCAGGGGCAUUCUCAAAGCAGCCACUGCAUCAAAACAGAGAGUGAGGAGUCCAUGCUCCCGCCGAUCCGCAGUCUUGAUCUGCAGUUCCCCACCGGCUGA